AUGGGGUCGUUAUCCUUGAAGGAUGCACUCACGCCUUCACUGGGUCAAGCCGCAUUUAUUGCCUUCUUUGCAUACUGGACCAUCUGGAUAAUCUACACGCGAUGGCUCCAUCCCCUUUCUAAAUUCCCGGGUCCGUUCUGGGCCUCUGUCUCGCGGAUUUGGACCGUUCUUCACGUUCUUCCCGGUGAUGCAGAGAAGAGGCAAAGAAAGCUGCAUGAGAAAUAUGGGCCCAUUGUCCGCAUCGCACCCAACGAGUUAAUCACCAGUGACCCGGCAGCUAUCAAGACUCUCUACGGGACUAAGGCGGGUACGAUGAAGACGGAUUUCUACCUCGCAUUCAGACCACCAUGGGCACGUUUCCCCGACCACUUCAGCUCCCCCGGCGGAAAAGAGCACGGCGACCGCCGCCGCAUCGUCAGCAGCGUGUACUCCAUGUCCAGCAUCCUGCAGUCAGAGAGAUACAUCGAGGCGUGCAUCGACGUGUGGGAGAGGAAACUAGACGAGAUGGCCGAUCGCAAAGAGUCGUUUGAUCUGUGGCUUUGGACGAGAAUGUAUGCAUACGAUGUCAUCGGCGAGCUCUUCUUCAGCAAGAUGUUCGGCUUCCUUGAAGCUGGUCGCGAUCACCUAGGGUAUAUCGCGGCGACGGACGACCUGAUCCCCGUGCAGUUUAUUGCGGCGAAUAUGCCGACGUAUGUGCGGUCGCUGUUUAUGCUUACUGGUAUCAUGCUACCCAAGGUUCGAGGGGCGUUGAAGGCAUUGGAUAACUUAACUGAGGCGACGGUGGUAAUGAUCAAGAAGCGGCUGGCGGCGCUGCAGGUGGAUGAACCAGAUGCGAAACCGCAAAGAGCAGAUAUCCUCGGAAAGCUACUUGACAUCUCGCAUCGAAACGGCAAGGAGGUGGAUUUUGAGCUGGAUGAUAUCAAGAUGGAGUCUUUUGGGGGGUUCUUCGCCGGCAGCGAAACAACCGCCACAACCCUCACCGGCAUCCUCUACCACAUCCUCCGCAACCGGGCCGUCUACAACAAACUAACCUCCGAAAUCGACGCCGCAACGCAACGCAACAAACUCAGCACGCCGCAUAUAACGUACAAGGAAGCCACCGCGCUCCCGUACCUCGUCGCGUGCAUCAAGGAGGGGAUGCGCAUGCACCCGGUCAACGCGGUGUCGUUCCCACGUCAUGUGCCUGAAACUGGGUGCGCCGUUGCUGGGUCCUGGAUUCCCGGGGGCGCAAGGAUAGGGGUCAACAUGGCCGUCGUGCACUUUGAUAAGGGUGUUUUUGGAGAUGAUGCGGGUGUGUUUAGGCCCGAGCGGUGGAUUGAUGGGACGAGGAAUCCCGUGGAGAUGGAGCGUCAUUUGUUGAAUUUUGGGAUGGGAAGUAGGACUUGUUUGGGGAAGAAUGUGAGCCUCCCUAUUCCUUGUGCAAUGGAUGUUCUGUUUGGAUCAUGGAAUCGAUUGCUGAUUGCCGCAGAUAUCUCUGUGCGAGAUAUACAAGGCUAUCCCGCAGCUACUGAGACAGUUCACGUUUGA